CCGCCCGCCGCUCGUGGUGGGCCCGGGGCUCGCGGCGCCGUAGGCGCAUGUGCGGCGCGGGGCGGCCGUGACCAGCGGAGUGCGGGGUGUCAGUGAGAAGCGAGGAGCCGCGCGCCCCAGUGCCCGCGUCUGUCCGAGCGCCCGAGCGCCCGCUCCCGGGUCUGAGGGUCCGCCCGGCGCACCGCUUGUAGAGCAUCCUCAGGGCCGCGCACCUGCCCCGCGCGCCUGCCCCGCGCAGCUGCCUGCCGCCCGCUCGGCGCUCCGGGCUCAGCUCGCCAGCUUCCCCGCGACCGCGCGGGGGCUCCAGCCGUGCCUCCGCGUCCGCCCCGCGCCGCAGCCGGGCCCGGGCGCAGCGCUGCGGAGGGCGAGGGCCGCCCGGAGUCCGGCCAGGGCCGGCGCGGCGAUGAUGAACAGGUUCCGAAAGUGGCUCUACAAACCCAAGAGGUCGGAUCCGCAGCUGCUUGCCCGGUUCUACUAUGCCGACGAGGAGCUGAACCAGGUGGCCGCGGAGCUGGACAGCCUGGAUGGGCGGAAGGACCCCCAGCGGUGCACGCUGCUGGUCAGCCAGUUCCGCUCCUGCCAGGACAAUGUGUUGAACAUCAUUAACCAGAUCAUGGAUGAGUGCAUCCCCCAGGACCGUGCCCCCAGAGAUUUCUGUGUCAAGUUCCCUGAGGAGAUCCGGCACGACAACCUGGCCGGCCAGCUGUGGUUCGGUGCCGAGUGCCUGGCCGCCGGCUCCAUCAUCAUGAACCGGGAGCUGGAGAGCAUGGCCAUGCGCCCGCUGGCCAAGGAGCUGACGCGCAGCCUGGAGGACGUGCGGGGCGCCCUCCGCGACCAGGCGCUGCGGGACCUGAACACCUACACGGAGAAGAUGAGGGAGGCGCUGAGGCACUUCGACGUCCUGUUCGCCGAGUUCGAGCUCAGCUACGUCUCGGCCAUGGUGCCCGUGAAGUCUCCCAGGGAGUACUAUGUGCAGCAGGAGGUCAUCGUGCUCUUCUGUGAGACGGUGGAGAGGGCCCUCGACUUUGGGUACCUGACCCAGGACAUGAUUGAUGACUACGAGCCUGCCCUCAUGUUCAGCAUCCCCAGACUGGCCAUCGUGUGUGGCCUCGUGGUCUAUGCGGACGGACCCCUGAACUUGGACCGCAAGGCGGAAGACAUGUCCGAGCUGUUCCGGCCCUUCCACACGUUACUGCGGAAAAUAAGGGAUUUGCUGCAGACACUGACAGAGGAGGAGCUGCACACGCUGGAACGGAACCUCUGCAUUUCCCAAGACGUGGAGUUCCCCAUCCGCGCAGAUGUGCAGGGACCUGCUGCGCUGACUCCUGCCCUCUCUGCCCCUCUCCCCCCUGAGGGGCCGCUCUCAGUCAAGGCCAAAGACCCGGACGCAGAGCUGGCCUGCUCCAUGCAGUACGACGACCAGGAGCUGGAGCAGCUCAGCCGCAUGGUCCACAGGGCUGGGGACGAGAUGUCCUCUCUGCUGUCACCGCCCAGCGCCUGCCAGUCCCCCGCGCACAGGCCGGGAGCAGAGGGCAGCCCAGGCGGGGAGGCCUCUCCAGGCAGAGCGCGCCUGCGGUCGGGCAGUGACGAGGAGGAGCGCGUGUUCUUCAUGGAUGACGUGGAGGGGACAGCAGAAGCCCUGGCCAGGCCCGAGUCCCCCGGUGGGCCAUUUGGGUGGGCAGGCAGUACUCGGGCCGACCCCCAGGAGAAAGGGCAGGGUGGGCCAGGCGGAGCAGCGGGGGUCAGCGCGCCCGCCUCGGAAAAGGAGGAGGACUUGAGCAACAACAACAGCCCUGAGGCCAAGGGCACAGGCGGGGCCAGCCUCGCGGGCACCAGCUCCUGCAGCUGCCUGGACUCGCGGCUGCAGCUGGACGGCUGGGAGGUGGGUGCGGAUGACGCAGAGACGGCCGAGAUGAUCGCCCACCGAACAGGGGGCAUGAAGCUCUCAGCCACGGUCAUCUUCAACCCCAAAUCUCCCACUUCCCUGGACUCCGCUGUUGCCACCCAGGAGGCCGCCUCGGAGCCCGUGGCCGAGGGGAUGGAUGGCGGCCCCCACAAGCUUAGCACUGCAGCCACCAACUGCCUCUUGCAUUCCUGCGUGUGCUGUGGGAGCUGUGGGGACAGCAGAGAGGAUGUGGUGGAGCAUCUGCAGGAGAAGUGCAGCACGGGAGGCGUCAUUGGCGCCUCAUACGCUGCCAGCUUAGCCAAGGCCAGCGACAGGGCCGCUGAGAGACAGGACGAGGCGCCCCCGCCCUCAGAAGAUGCCUCCGACGGGCGGGAGCCCAAAGCCCCCACUUCCAACAAGUGCCUGCCUCACACCUCAGGUUCCCAGGUGGACACAGCGAGUGGGCUGCAAGGAGAGGCCGGGGUUGCAGGUCAGCAAGAGCCAGAGGUCAGAGAGCUGGAUGCCGGGAGCCCCUUGGCUCAUGAGGCACCUCAGCCCCUGUCGGGCUCCAGCAGCUCUGCGGCUGGGUCCUGCUCCUCAGACAAGACGGGGCCAGAGGUGGCCCCAGCAGCCACGCAUGUCGCUCCACAGGCCACAAGAGAGAAGAUCCGGUCCAGAUUCCACGGCAGCCACGACCUCAUCCACCGCCUGUUCGUCUGCAUUUCAGGUGUGGCUGACCAGCUACAGACGAACUAUGCCAGUGACCUGAGAAGUAUUCUUAAAACACUGUUUGAGGUCAUGGCCACCAAGCCCGAAACAGACGACAAGGAAAAGUUAAGGAAGGUCACCCAGACUCUGCGGAGUGCGGCCUUGGAGGACUGUGCACUGUGCCAGGAGACCCUGUCAUCCUCUGAAUUGGCAGCCAAGACCCGCGACGGGGACUUUGAAGACCCCCCGGAGUGGGUGCCAGAUGAGGCCUGUGGCUUCUGCAUGGCGUGCAAAGCGCCCUUCACCGUCAUCCGCCGGAAGCACCACUGCCGCAGCUGCGGGAAGAUCUUCUGUUCGCGCUGCUCCUCACACUCAGCACCACUGCCCCGCUACGGGCAGGUGAAGCCGGUCCGAGUGUGCACCCACUGCUACAUGUUCCACGUCACGCCCUUCUACAGCGACAAGGCCAGCCUGUGACGUGGCGCCAGGGGCAGCCCCAGCCCACCCGGGCCAGGAACCCCCACGAAAGUGGGGCCAUGCUGCAGGCGAUCUCACUGAGUCUCAUGAGGCUGCUGUCCCUGCUGCUGCGGGGCCGCCCAGAUCUCUAGAACAUCCAGAGCCUCUGUCUCGCCCAUCGUGGCCUCCCCGCAGGGACCCCGCGCCGCAAGGGCCAACAGGAAGUCAGCUUUGCCCAGCAGGGGACCCGGAGGAGCCUGGUAGCUGCCUCAGGGCAGGGUGCAUGGCAGAGAAGGGCUGGGCCCUCCCCACUGGUCCCUCGGAGCUCUGCUGGGGCUAUGGGAAUCGGGGUGGGUGACAGAGCUGUACAACAGUGGGGCCACUCUGCCGCCUCUGCUGUUGUGGUGAAUCUGGAAGCCAGAGCAAGGGCCACUCCACAGGCUCUGCGGCACAGCAGGGCUCCCCAUGUGCCUCCUAAACCCAAAAUGCAGGCUGCCCAUUCUCCCCAACAGCUGCCCACCUCGUUCCCCAGCCCUCACCCCUCACCAUCCUUCCUCAGGACUUGACUAGACAACAUGCAUCUCAUUUCUUCUUGGAGUGGGGAGAUGCGGGAAGCUGACCUAGUGGUCCCCUAAGCGGGCAGGGUGCUCCUGGUGUCUGCUCACCACUCUCCCCCUGCUGACGGCGUGGGGGUCUGACCAGGCACUGACACCGCAGGCAGACGUUGCUCAGGGCCUUGGGUCGGGCUUACCAGUCAGCCAGGACGCCUGGGGCUGCCAUCUCGGCCACCACUUCUCCUUCCCUCUGCACCCUCUGGAACCCUGGCCCAAUUCCUCAGACCCCAAAGUGGCCUGGGACCCAAGCUGCCGCAGCUGAGUGGCCCCAGCAGACACCUCCUCAGGCUUAAAUCUCAGGCUUCACAUUGCAAUGACGAUUGCAGUUUUAUUUUUGGAGAUGACACACCUACUGCUUCUUUUCUAGGAUAAAAUCUAAUUACUAUUUACCGGUGGAGUACACAUGCAUAGAAAUGGCUUCUGUCGGGGGGAGAGUAUAUAAUGGAAGAAAUAUUAUGUACUGAGAUUAUAUUUAUUUUCUAAAUGCUGUAAUUUGAAGCCAUUUCCAUAAAUCUAUUUAAGAAUUGCA